AUGGCGGAGCACGAAUAUGAUCAUUAUUUAUACAAUGAGCUUACAGAAAGAUAUAGGUUAUAUCAAGAAACUUUUUCAUCAUUCAUGCGAAUCAAAACAACAGAAAUUGAAGAAAUUCAAAAAAUUUACCAAACGAUUAAAACGAAUUUACUUGAUACAAAGAUAUUUUCACCAAAAAGGAUAUA